CAAGGAAGGCUGCUCCUCUUUGGAACUUGCCUUUGUUCUUCGGUAGUGAAAUCGCAUAGAAGCUCUUGGGCCCCACAACAUAUCCAAGUAUAAGUGAAGGCCUGACGCCUGGUUUGCAGUACUACAUUUGAAUGAUGGCCGAUUCCGCUACUCCAGCACAGGCAGACCAGCCCCACGUCGCACUCAUUACCGGCGCAGCUCAGGGCAUUGGACGCGCUAUUGCUCUGCGGCUCGCAGAGGACGGACUAGAUGUUGCCAUCGCAGACCUGAAAUCACAACGCACGACCCUCGACGGCGUCGCGGAUGAGAUAAGGGCGAAAGGGAGGCGAUGUCUUGUCUUGGAGUGUGAUAUAUCACAAGAGGAUGAGGUCCAGCGCAUGGUACAGGCUACGGAGCAAGAGUUCAAUAGUUUGGAUGUCAUGGUAGCGAAUGCUGGACGAAUCGUUGUGAAACCUUUGGUUGAUUCUACCCUCGUCGAUUUUGAUGAGAUAUUCAAUAUCAAUGUGCGCGGGACGUUCCUCUGCUUGCGUGCUGCAGCGCAAACUAUGAUCAAGCAGGGGCGUGGCGGGAGGAUCAUCAGCGCGUCGUCAGUAGCAGGGAAGAAAGGGAUGCCGUUCAACAGUAUUUACAGUGCGUCGAAAUCUGCCAUUCGAACAUUUACACAGGCGCUCGCGAGUGAACUGGGAUCACAUGGCAUCACCGUGAACGCCUACGCUCCUGGACCAGUUGAAACGCAUCUCCUGCGAAGCUCUUCCGAAGAAUUCGCAAGACAGGUAGGAUUUCCUGAUAGCAAGGCGUUCGUACAAAGUUAUGAAACGAGUGUGGCACUGCGGCGGAUUGGAACGCCGGAAGACAUUGCGAACGCGGUGUCGUUCCUCGCAAGCAAAGAUUCUGCCUAUAUCACUGGGCAGACUAUCACAGUUGACGGGGGAUCAUGGAUGGACUGAUCAUGUACUUUUGUGCUUGUGGCCUGCAAAAAACACAACUUGUUUGCAAACUACAUUCGAGUCCUUGUAGAGAAUAAACUUGUUUGUAUGACUAUAUCUUCACCCUUCUUACGCCCAUAU